GCCACAGUGGGAAAAGAGGCAGAAAGGAGAGGAGAGAGGGAGGCUGUGUCAGAUACAGGCGAGAUUCAGAGUGUGUAGUAGCCAGUAAUUACCUUCCGCGCGCCUGAACCAAUCACGAGCCGUAGAGGGAGAAACGGAGGAGAGCAAGCCCAUUUAGAUUCUCAGUCUAUUCCCAGGCAGAGAGGCAGGCAGUGUGUUUACUGAGCCACAGUCAGGGAGAAGGAAGCAAAAGGUAUUUGUUGGACUGACACAGCCUGUCCUUUCUCAUAUUUGCAAAGACGUGCUGGGUGAGAGCAGAUGGAGAAGAUGAACCACAGCUCAGCCGAGGCAGAGGCUGAAACCAUAGAACCACUGCGUUACCUCAGUAAAGGGGAGGCUGCAGCCAUUGAGACAGAACUACUGAGGGACUACAAGUUCGGACUACAGCAGCUGACAGAGAUCUGGGGACAAGCAUGUGCUCUCGCCAUCACUAAGGCCUACCCCCUCAGCUCUCUGUCAAAGAAGCAGCCCACGGUGCUGGUGAUCUGCGGCCCCGAUCAGAACGGCUCCAUCGGACUGGUGUGUGCUCGACACCUGCGCAUGUUUGAAUAUGAGCCCACCAUCUACCACCCCAAACGCACCACUCACAGUCUACACCAGGAUUUCACAGUCCAGUGCGAGAAGAUGGAUAUCCCUUUCCUCUCCUAUCUCCCCACAGAGGUGCAACUUAUAAACGAUGCCUACAACAUAGUGAUUGAUGCCAUGCUGGGCCCGGAGGCAGACUGUGCCAACAUAAAGGAGCCAUAUUCUGUUAUCCUGAGUACCCUGAAGCAAGUCAAGAUUCCAAUUGCCAGUGUGGAUGUGCCCUCUGGUUGGGAUGUAGAGGAACCAGAUCAGGAUGGGAUAAGCCCAGAAGUUCUCAUUUCACUUACAGCACCAAAGAAGUGUGCCAUGAGUUUCUCUGGGAAGCAUUUUCUGGCUGGACGCUUCCUGCCCUAUGACAUCCAGAAAAAAUAUGAGCUGAACCUACCCGACUACCCUGGCACAGACUGUCUCAUAGAAUUGUAACACAUGUGAAGAGAAGAGGCGAUGCAGUGACUUCUCAUUUAAAAAGAAAACAGUGCAGUCAAUCUAUUCUCUUGUUUUGUACUUUAUAGAUUGUUAAUGUGAUUCAAUGUUAUUUUCUCAGUUGUGCAGGUCAGGAUACACACUAGCUAAAUGUGCUAUUGAGCUACAGUAGGAGGACAAUAUUUAGAAAAUGUGGUUUGAGUCAUGUCUUUUAGCAAAUGGCAUGAUGAGUUUUGUGUCAGUCAACUUGUAAAAGUUGUAGCAUCACACUGUUUUUGAUUCUUUUGCAAGAUAGAGACUUUUUUGUCUGCGGUCAGGAGAGAACAACAACAGUUAUUGUCCUCUGACACCAAUCAGGUAGUAGUUCUAUUUUUAAAUCUUU